GUUGAAGAUAGAUGCAAGUGUUAGUUUGUGAGUGUGUUUGUAUUUAAUUCCAUUUUCUAUUUUCAACAGGCUUAUUAUAAAAGACCCAGGUUUUAUUCUGAAGGUUGUAACCGGAUGUAGUUUACUCACUUUGACAGCGGGGAGAUUUCAGAGGUGUUUGCUGCACUGACACUCAGCGGGCUGGUUGGUUUAUCGCCCCCCCUCAGAGGAGACACAUCUGCUAUAUUUUUAUACACCGAGACAACCGGUACAAUGUCGGAUUUCGAGGAAUUUGAGAAACAGCUGAGCGAGAAUCGACAGGUAAUCAUUGCUUGCUGGUGCACAGAGAGAGAAAGAGAAAGACACAAGAAGAGGAGUCGCAGCGGAUCUCCCGCCCGAGGCGACAAACAUCGCAGCUGGAGCAAAGACCGAGGGAGUCGCAGCCGAGAGAAGAGAAGCCGCAGCCGAGACCGGAAGAGCCGGGACCGCCGGAGCUCGUCCCGGGACCCCAAGAAGCACAGCCACUCUCCGAGACGAACGAGGAAGAAAAGAACCUGCAAAUACUGGGAUGUGCCUCCUCUUGGCUUUGAACGCAUCACAGCGAUACAAUACAAAGCUAUGCAAGCGGCCGGGCAGAUACCAACACUCGCUCUGCUGGCGUCGGCCACCAGCACCGGCGUGGCUGCAGCUCCUGCACAGGUUCCCAUCGUUGGCAGUCAGAUGACGAGACAAGCCAGACGCCUCUAUGUUGGAAAUAUUCCCUUUGGAGUAACUGAGGAGUCCAUGGUGGAGUUCUUCAACGCUCAGAUGAGGCUCGCCGGCCUUUCACAAGCCCCGAGCAACCCUGUGCUCGCUGUGCAGAUCAAUCAGGAUAAAAACUUUGCUUUCCUAGAGUUUCGGUCCGUAGACGAGACGACGCAGGCGAUGGCCUUCGAUGGAAUAAUUUUUCAGGGUCAGUCGCUGAAGAUCAGAAGACCUCACGACUAUCGGCCUCUACCCGGCAUCUCAGAGCAGCCGGCUUUCCACGUCCCAGGCGUCGUCUCCACAGUCGUUCCUGAUUCCCCCCACAAACUGUUCAUCGGAGGCCUGCCGAACUACCUGAACGAUGACCAGCUAGGGGCCCGUAAGAUCGUUAAGUCUGCGCUCAUAAUUUGUUCAGUAGUUCUCAUCUACUGCUGCCGUGCAACAUGUAACACAAGGCAAGUGAAGGAGCUCUUGACGUCGUUCGGUUCUCUCAAAGCGUUCAAUCUGGUGAAGGACAGCGCCACGUCGCUGUCGAAAGGUUACGCCUUCUGUGAAUACGUAGACGUCGACGCCACCGAUCAGGCAGCUGCUGGGCUCAACGGGAUGCAGCUGGGCGACAAGAAGCUGAUCGUCCAAAGGGCGAGUGUGGGAGCUAAAAACGCCAACGCUACCUCCAUCAUCGAGACCCCGGUGAUGCUGCAGGUCCCCGGGCUGCGGCGGCUGCAGAACUCCGGCGUGCCCACGGAGGUGCUGUGCCUUCUCAACAUGGUGAUGCCCGAGGAGCUGGUGGACGACGAGGACUACGAGGAGAUCCUGGAAGACGUCCGCGAGGAGUGCCGCAAGUACGGCAGCGUACGCUCCAUCGAGAUCCCCCGACCCGUCGACGGUGUGGAAGUCCCCGGCUGCGGAAAGAUCUUUGUGGAGUACGUUUCUGCUGCAGACUGUCAGAAAGCAAUGCAAUCGCUCACCGGCCGCAAGUUUGCCAAUAGAGUGGUGGUCACCAAAUACUACGAUCCAGACAUGUAUCACAGACACGAGUUUUGAAACGGAUGACUUUUCUGUUUUAUGAGCUUGGGUUCAGUCGGUUUCUUCAGCCAAGAAAAGAAGUUUUAUUACAUAUUUUACUUACUGUGUGUGUGUGUGUGUGUGUGUGUGUGUGUGUGUGUGUGUGUGUGUGUGUGUGUGUUCACUGAUCUGUCUGAAUAAAAACAUAGUAUCUAGGGAUGUCCGGUACCAGAAAUACUAGCGAAAUUCUCAAUUCCAAUUCGAUAACACGGUAAAAUAGAAAACAAUGAAUCCCAUGUACUUCUACAUACACUCCUUUAUUACUGUCUGUGAAGCAGAUAAUACUUCCCUCUAAUAUCUGUUUCAUAUUGCUGUGAAAACUAUUUAUUCAAGUCUUUCGCCAAAAACUACGUUUUACAAGACUACAUUUGAACACAUCACGAUAACGUUAUAUUCUACCUUCGCCCAAUAGUCAUUGUUACUGAAUAGAGCCUGAAUGCAUCAUAUUGCAACUCGAUGGAAACUGCGUUCAUCGGCUGCUAACCACGGCUGUGUAAAGAACGUUGGGUUCGUUGGUCUCAGUCUCGUGAACAGAGGGAGAAUCACUGGAUUAGUGAACUUUACAACUUCUAGGACCUAAAGAUUUAAAUAAGGGCUACUCAAGUGUUCGUACUGGGAAGUUGAUGUACUGUAAAAAAUGAUACGCCGAUUUAAAAGACGUCUCUUCCCCAAACUAAGUGAAAGGGGAAAGUGUUUUUGGGCACCAUGGUGUCACGUGACUGACACAGAAGUUGUAAUUAUACGGUUUGUCCACUACGAACAUUUGCUUCGAACAUCGCUCUUCCUAAGGGGCUAACGCUAACGCUAACUAGCUCUCCUGCCAAAUUCAACAAGGAUUUGUUGUUCACAAUGUAGCAUUAAUAGGGGAAAAUAAAUUCUCCGCUGGACGCGUCGAUGGUGGGUUUACUGCGUCUCAUAUUUUCUAUCGUCCCGGGACGACGUUAGCCUCGAGCCCUGACGAUACUACAAGGCAAAAAUUAGUGAAAAAGUUUUCUGAAUUUUUGGCAUCGACUUGAUACCAAAGUUUUGCUUCUCAUGACUUCCCUCGUAGUAUCAGAACAUUUGUAGUAGAAUGAAUGUGACUAAAGUAAUACUGCCUGACGACGCCCGAGUUAUCGAGGAUGAGCAUAUGAGGAAACAGUCAAAUGUUCCUGAGCACAAACAUUCAUUUCUGUUUGAGAUUUGAGAAUCCAUCAUAAAUGCACGUCACUUAUUAUUAUUAUUAUUAUUAUUAUUGUUUCAGACUCGUGUGAUAAACAUUUCCAAUAACUCCAGAGCGUUUAAAGUCCAAAAGUCAACAUUUAUUAACCAAAUAUUUUUGCUUCAAUACAUAUUUGUUGGCGUUAGUUCUUUUAAAAACAAAAUGUUCUUAUUAACUAACAGCACCAUACAUUACAUUUAUGUUAUAUAAAUGUAAUUUAUUGAUCUAUUUUUGCACUAAUUUUCGAGGGUGAUGACAGAUAUUCGAAAACCUCCAAAGACGCCUCGAUUGUAAAGAAAAUGUUUGUCGUUACGGCGCUGAACACAUGUCUGAAGUGUUGUAUCAGUCCGGCCUCAAAGGUCGUUUUGUAAAUAUGAAACUUGAAUUUGAAAAUGAUCUAACUGUCUUGAUUGAAACUCGAACACGCAGACUGGAUAUCGGCUAAAAUUUAAAAGCAGCUUUUGUCGACUUCUGUCUUAAAUCAUGGACCCAUGGUUUAAAAAAGUACUUAUAAUAAUGAUUUUAGUAAAGUAAACCGGCCACUGUUGGUGUGAGAAUGGAAAAUGUAACCGACAUAGCAACAGUAACUAAGGGGCGGGGCUUACUGAGCUGUCAAUUAUGUCCAUCUGUUAAAAUAGCAAAAUCUGUCUUCAGAUAUGCACAUGUUAAUAAAUGCACCUUUUAAGUUUUGCAGAAAGCAAAUUAAAUAAUUUAAAGCUUUAUUCAUUGUGUGAUGUUUGGAAGAAAACAUUAAAUUAAAACAUAAAUUUUUAUUAUGAAGUUACUUUUCCGUUUGGAAAGUGCCGGCACAAAUUGGGAUGCGAGAGAAAAUGUAUUUGUAUUUUAGUGCAAUAAAUAUUAACUGAUAAUAAACAGCCUCUGUAUUAUACAUGUUUUUGAAUGGGCAAAAAUAAACAAUACAUUUUAGUUUGUACAAUUCCUGCCACUGCCAUUUUCUUGAAUAAAUGCUUGCAUCCACUGUCUGUCUGUCUGUGUGGGAAUUAUUUGUUCUGCAUUAUAUGAUCAGUUAUAACUGGCAAUAUAUAUAUAUUUAUUUAAUAUAAAUUAAAUGUAUUAUAUAUUUUUUAAUUUUUACAGAUGUCUCUCUAUUGUCAGUUUAUUUAUAACAUCAGUUGUGUCUGUAUUCAUACACUAUGUUCAAACAACCCUGUCACCAUGUAAUGCAUUGUAGCUAUGCAAUAAAUACUCUUGUGAACUUACGAACUUGGGUGUGGAUAAAAUAUUACACGCUGUCGCUUUUACCUUCUUAUUUUUAUUUUUAUUCUGAAAGCUUUUACCAGAAAGUCAUAAUCUGUGUUGACAUAUUACAUUUAUUUAUUUUAUUUUAUUUUGAAAGGUUUUUACCGGAAAUGAGGAUUUUCAGUGAGCGGAAAACAACAUUUAAUUCGUCACUAUGUGUAAACUUUGUGAUGAUCAAUUAUAAUGUGAUUACAAAGAACAGUAACUUUAGAAUUCGAAAGCUUGUAUCCUGUACAGACUAAUGUUAUUCAAUAUUUUGUUCUAUCAAUAAAUACUUUUUUUACUGUUUUGUUUUGUUUUCUAUUUACAAACUUGGCUUAAAAAUGCUUUUUGUUGUUAAUUUUGAAAGUUUCUUUUACCGGAAGUGAUAGAUGUCUGUUGUCGGCUGCCCCCCACUGCCCCCCAGUGGCCACAGUGAAGCACUGCAACACUUUAAUUAAAAUGUAAUUAAAGGGUUACUCCGGAUGUUUUGAACAACAUGAAAAUAGUUUUAUUUUAUUAUUUUUUUUAGGGCUAUACUAUACUAUAUAUUAUGUUAUACAAUAUUACUACAUUGUAUAUUAUAUUGUAUAUCAUUUAACAUGUAAUACUGUGAUAUAUAUAACCAUUAAAUUCAUAUGAUGUAUUAUAUUAUGUACUGAAUAAUAUUUCUAUAUAAUACACUAAGUAUAAUUACGGUUGGGGGAAGAUGUUACAUCAUUAUACUUCUGCACCUCUUCAAUGCUUUAAAUCUCCUGUUUUUUUACUAUUAUUUUAAUAUAUUUUACGAGUAUUAUUUUCUGUUUUAUUUGUUUUGCAUGUUUAUGCCUAUGUGACUGACGUGUCAUAAAAUAAACAUACCUUACUGCU